AUGAGUCACCUAACGAGGCUACAGCAAAAAGACGACGAUAACAGCGGGCGCACCACGCCAUAUUUGGAAGAGAAGCGCUGUCAACAGCGCCGGAACUCACUAGAUGAACGAGAUCCCCAUAAGCAAGCCGAGACUAUUUUAAGCUUGCGAGAGACGAUAGCGACGUUGCGUGAGAAGCUCAACGGAGCUGUCAACGAGCAAGCCCGUCUAAAGCAAGAACUAAACGUUGCCCGAGCAAACACAACUCCAGAGCUGGCAACACAAGUCGCUGUAUUGACAUCUCAGCUAUCCUAUGAGAAAAAAUGGCGCCAAGUGUUGGAGACCAAGGAGAUCCGUUUGAGACAAGAGUUGGAGACCAAGUUGGAGACCAAAGAAGCAAGCUUCAAGCAAGAGUUGGAGACCAAGUUGGAAACCAAAGAAGCAAGCUUCAAGCAAGAGUUGGAGACCAAGUUGGAGGCCAAAGAAGCAAGCUUCAAACAAGAAUUGGAGAGCCGACAGAUGAGGCUGGACAGCAAGGAAGCGAGCUGA